GUGGCGUUUUUAGUGGUGUGUGUAGUUGCAGUAGUAGUGGACCCUUUGUUCUUUUAUCUUCCUGUCAUCAACGAGGCUACCAAAUGCAUUGCUUUAGAUAACACUUUAAAAAUCAAUGCUAUUUGUGUGCCAUCGUUCCUGGAUUUUGUUGCUAUUGGGGACCUGGUUGCUCGAUGACCGUUACUCGAGGUCAGACUACGUAAUUAACAUUCUCAGCAUUCUUCCAGUCCCUCAGUUUCUAGUGCCAAUUAUAUUUUCUGAAAUGAGAGGUUCGAAAUUCCGGGACGGAAGGAAAUUCCUAAAUGCAGCUGUUCUGUUGCAAUAUGUGCCAAGACUUUUCCGUAUCUACAGAUUGUGGAAAAUAGUCAACGAGAAUAUCAUCCUACCUAAAAGUAUCCCACAAACUACUCGUGUUAAGGUGAACGCAGAAGGCAGCUACAAGAAUAUGAUGAUCCCACCCAAAGGUUUUAUAGUGAUGAAAGCUGGAUUCAAUCUCUUUCUGUAUCUCGUUGCCAGUCAUAUACUGGGUUCUUUUUGGUACUUCUUCUCCAUCGAACGAGAGACCACGUGCUGGCACGUGGCCUGUAAGCAUGAUACCGGAUGUAACAAGACUUCUUUUAACUGUGGUCAUGGUUUUAGCAAUAACACAUUUUUAAAUAAUUUUUGCUCUUUAGAAAAACCAGAUACCACUCUCUUUGAUUUUGGAAUAUUCCAAGAAGCCCGUCAAUCUGGUAUUCUGGAGUCCAUGGAUUUUUUGCGAAAGACCAUCUUCUGUUUUUGGUGGGGCCUGCGAAAUUUGAGGUUCGUGCAUGUUACGCUUUAUUAUUAUUAUUGAAAUACAUAAUCAUACAUGCAUUUUGUUCCAUUAAACUUAAUGGAUUAAUGUAAUCAAACAUAAUAUAUUGGAAGUACCACUUUGAGAUAUAACUAAUUAAUCGUACC